UACUCUCCAGGGCGAGCAGUUCGUCUUCCUGCUCCUCGAUGUCCGCAUUCAUAUCUCCAGUCCCAACAAACCUCACCUUCUGCUCAGUGCUCCUCGCUCUGUUUGUUUCUGAAGCUGCCUGUUUGGGAAAUAAGUAUUUGACUUAGCUUGUCAAAUCCUUCCGGUUAAGUGCAUGGAUUGCUAGUUGUUUCGGCGACCUUUAAAACAAUUCUUGAUAGUGUGUGAACUUCUCGGUGUACAGUAGACUGUGCCAGCCUGCUCCCGUUGACUCAUCUGUGUAUGAUGCAGCACAAAGCAGCAACCUCACCCCAUGCUGAUGACUCUGCAAAACAGGCCAACAUUAUGUAAUUUACGAUCUACAGUUUGAAGAUGGAUGUAACCAACAGAGUGAUGGGCAAAAGCUGCAGACACACAAGUUAUUCAGAUCAACGCUGAAUCUAGUUCAGUUUCUCAGGAAUUGAAACUGAGUCAGUUGUCGCUGAGAGGUGAAAUGGCGCAGAAAGGGUUUGAGCUGGACCGUGAAACCUUCUCUUGUUCGAUCUGUUUGGAUCUACUAAAGGACCCAGUGGCUAUUCCCUGUGGACACAGCUACUGCAUGAACUGUAUUCAAAGCUAUUGGGAUGAAGAGGAUGGAAAGAAACCCCACAGCUGCCCUCAGUGUAGGCAGGCCUUCACACCAAGGCCAGUCCUGGGGAAAAACACCAUGUUAGCAGCUUUAGUGGAGGAGCUGAAGAAGACUGGACCCCCACCUGCUUCUGCUGAUCUCUGCUUUGCUGGACCUGAAGACGAAGCAUGUGAUUUCUGCUCCGGGAGAAAACUGAAAGCUCUCAAGUCCUGUCUGGUGUGUCUGGCCUCUUACUGUGAGAAACACCUCCAGCCUCAUUAUGAUUCACCCAAAUUUGCGAAACACAAGCUGGUGGAGCCCUCCAGGAGUCUUCAGGAGAACAUCUGCUCUCGUCACGACGAGGUGAUGAAGCUGUUCUGCCGCACCGAUCAGCAGUGUAUCUGUUAUCUCUGCUCUGUGGACGAACACAAAGGCCACGACGCGGUGUCGGCUGCAGCAGAGAGGACUGAGAAACACAAAGAACUCGAGGAGAGUCGACAAAACAUCCAGCAGAGAAUCCAGGACAGAGAGAAGGAGGUGAAGCUGCUUCAGCAGGAGGCGGAGGCCAUCAAUCGCUCUGCUGAUAAAGCAGUGGAGGACAGUGAGGAGAUGUUCUCUGAGCUGAUCCGUGUCAUGGAGAAGAGAAGCUCUGAUGUGAAGCAGCAGGUCAGAUCCCAGCAGGAAUCUGAGGCGAGUCGAGUCAAAGAGCUUCAGGAGAAGCUAGAGCAUGAGAUCGCUGAGCUGCAGAGGAAAGACGCUGACCUGAAUCGGCUCUCACACACAGAGGAUCACAUUGAGUUUCUUCACAAAUACCCUUCACUGUCACAACCCACUGAAUCUGCAGACUCAUCCAGCAUCAACAUCCGCCCUCUGCGUUACUUUGAAGAUGGGACAGCGGCUGUGGCAGCAGUCAGAGAUAAACUUCAAGACGUUCUGAGAAAGAAAUGGGCCGACGUCUUACUGACAGUGAGUAGGGUAGAUGUUUUACUGACAAAACCUCAGCCAAAGACCAGAACUGAUUUCUUGGUGUGUUCAAGGGAAAUUGCAAUGGAUUCAAACACAGCAAACACACGCCUGUUAUUAUCUGAGGGUAAAAAAAUAAAGGAAAUAAGAAAGAAAAGAAAAAAACAUUUUGUUAUCACCCAGCCAGAUCCACUUCCUGUUUUGAAUUCCCAAGUAGAGGGGGUUGACUGGAUGCCGUCACUGCGACGUGGAGUUGAGAGGGAAAGAAAUGUCUCACAAAUGCUGGAUUUGUUUUUGUCUAGUGACUGAAGACACACUCUCUUAAAUAGACAAGUCAUUUAAGAGAGUGUGUGUCAUUCUGGGUCAUAAGAAAGAAAGCACCAGAACUUCCUUUAUUGUACAUAUUUUGAUCUUUGUAAAGGAAUCCUUAAUUGCUUUAACAUUUACUGUAUUUUCAGGUAGAUCAAUGGUGUUGUAGUCUUUGUUAUAAGGUAUUAAAAACUGUAAUAAUCAUAAAGAGAUUGUUCAUUAUUGUCUUUUACAAUGCUGGGGAUCUGGUGAAUUGCUUGUGUGGAUAAAGGGAAAAUGUACAUUAAAUCAGUGAACGACGGUCAUUUAAGAGACUUUACCGAUGGGAUGUGUACAAACUGAAUGUUUCCAUAAUGAAUAAACAAACAGGAAGAAAG